AUGCAAGAGAUUUAUGGACCUCAGCCGUUGAAGCCACUCAAUACGGUGAUGAGACAUGGAUUUGAAGAGCAAUACCAAAGUGAGCAGCUCUUGCAAUCACUCGCAAACGAUUUCAUAUUCUACUUUGAUAACAAACGGCACAGAACUAAUGGGAACCCGAUUCUUGAAGAGGAGAAACAACGGGAUAUAAGUCGUUACUACCAGCCGAUCACCGAUUGGAAAAUUAUGAAAGAUCGUCAAAAGACGGUAAGUGCGGCACUUCUAUUAUGUUUAAAUUUGGGUGUGGACCCCCCAGACGUUAUGAAAACACAUCCAUGUGCCAGGGUAGAAGCAUGGGUUGAUCCUUUAAAUUUCCAGGAUUCAAAGAAAGCCAUAGAACAAAUUGGUAAGAAUCUACAGGCACAAUACGAAACCCUGUCCUUGAGAACACGCUAUAAGCAGAGUUUGGAUCCGUGUGUGGAGGAUGUAAAACGGUUUUGCAACUCAUUGAGAAGAACUUCUAAAGAGGAUAGGAUUCUUUUCCAUUACAAUGGACACGGGGUGCCCAAGCCUACAAAAUCAGGUGAAAUAUGGGUUUUUAAUAGGGGAUAUACUCAAUAUAUCCCCGUAUCAUUGUAUGACUUGCAAACCUGGUUAGGUGCGCCAUGCAUAUUCGUCUAUGAUUGCAACAGUGCCGAAAAUAUAUUGAUCAAUUUCCAGAAGUUUGUACAAAAGAGAAUCAAAGACGAUGAAGAUGGAAAUCACGAUGUGGCUGCACCAUCACCAACUUCAGCUUAUCAAGACUGCUUCCAAUUAGCUUCUUGCACAUCGGAUGAGCUUUUACUCAUGAGCCCUGAACUGCCCGCAGAUUUGUUCAGUUGUUGUUUGACUUGUCCAAUAGAGAUUAGUAUCCGUAUCUUUCUCAUGCAAUCGCCUUUGAAGGAUUCCAAGUAUAAGAUUUUCUUUGAGAACGCUACCUCGAAGCAAUCGUUUGGUGAUAGUAAGAAUUCCUUUAAGUCUAAAAUACCCAACGUUAAUAUUCCUGGCAUGCUGUCAGAUAGAAGAACACCAUUAGGAGAAUUAAAUUGGAUUUUUACGGCGAUAACGGAUACCAUUGCAUGGACCUCCCUUCCUCGACCACUUUUCAAAAAGUUAUUCAGACAUGACUUAAUGAUUGCUGCGCUUUUCAGAAAUUUUCUUCUAGCCAAAAGGAUAAUGCCGUGGUACAAUUGUCAUCCUGUGUCUGAUCCAGAAUUACCAGAUAGUAUAACUACACAUCCAAUGUGGAAAUCUUGGGAUUUGGCCAUGGAUGAAGUGUUAACUAAGAUAGUCAUUGACCUGAAAAAUGCUCCUCCAGCCACUGUCUUGGAGAGUCAGAUGAUCUUACAACAACAGGAAACUUUGCAAAAUAAUGGCAAUUCUAAAUCAAAUGCUCAAGAUACAAAGGAAGGAAGUAUACAAACACAAUCGAGAUUUGCUGUUGCGAAUUUAAGCACAAUGUCGCUGGUGAAUAAUCCUGCUCUUCAAUCGAGGAAAUCGAUAUCUUUGCAAAGCUCGCAACAGCAGCAGCAGCAGCAGCAGCAGCAGCAGCAGCAAUUCACAGGAUUUUUUGAACAGAAUCUGACUGCUUUUGAAUUGUGGUUGAAAUAUGCUUCAAAUGUGAGGCAUCCACCUGAGCAGCUUCCCAUUGUUUUGCAGGUUCUGCUGUCACAAGUACAUCGUAUACGCGCGUUGGUACUUUUAUCCAGAUUUUUGGAUCUAGGACCAUGGGCAGUAUACCUGUCACUUUCCAUUGGUAUCUUCCCCUACGUAUUGAAAUUAUUACAAAGUCCAGCUCCAGAACUGAAGCCCAUUUUGGUAUUUAUAUGGGCGCGCAUCAUGUCAAUAGACUAUAAGAAUACACAAGGUGAAUUGAUCAAAGAAAAGGGAUAUAUGUAUUUUGUAACGGUAUUGGUGCCUGAUUGGGGAGUUAGUGGUGCUUCGACUACAAACGGCUCAGCUAUGAUAAAUGGCGGGAAUCCAUUAACAAUGACCGCGUCACAGAACAUAAACGGCCCAACAUCAAGAUAUCAUGAUCGCCAGCAAAUUAAUAGGACGUCUAAUCUAGGCCAUAGUAGUUUUCCAUUCUAUCAUUCUAACGACACUACAGAUGAACAAAAGGCCAUGGCUGUGUUUGUGUUGGCAUCAUUCGUUAGAAACUUUCCUCUUGGACAAAAGAAUUGCUUUAGUUUGGAAUUAGUCGACAAACUGUGCUUUUAUAUUGAAAAUUCGGAGAUACCUCUAUUAAGACAGUGGUGUAUUAUUUUACUUGGUUUAUUGUUCGCUGAUAAUCCUCUGAACAGAUUUGUUUGUAUGAACACUGGUGCUGUUGGAAUAUUGUUGAAAUCCUUAAAAGACCCUGUUUCAGAAGUCAGAACUGCUUCCAUAUUUGCAUUAAAACACUUCAUUUCUGGAUUUCAAGAUUCAGAAGUAAUAUUGAGGUUGCAGCAAGAGUUUGAAGAACAGUAUCAGCAAUUACAUUCGCAAUUACAACAUCUUCAGAAUCAGUCGCAUCUUCAACAGCAGCAAUCUCAGCAGCAACAGCAACAUCUUGAACAGCAGCAAAUGAAAAUUGAGAAGCAAAUUCGUCAUUAUCAAGUUAUGCAAAACCAAUUGGAGGUAAUUGAUUUGAGGAAGUUGAAGAGACAAGAAAUUGCCAACCUAAUCUCCAUUCUACCCUUAAUUAAUGAUGGCUCACCAUUGGUCCGUAAGGAACUUAUUAUAUAUUUUUCGCAUAUUGUGAAUCGCUAUUCGAAUUUCUUCAUUGUGGUUGUAUUCAACGACCUGUUAGAAGAAAUAAAACAAGUAGAGAAAACCGAUAUCAAUACCAGAAAUGCUCCUGAUAAGUAUUCAGUCAGUCAUGGUUCGAUUUUCUAUACUGUUUGGAAAUCUCUUCUGAUUUUAGCGGAAGAUCCCUUUUUAGAGAACAAGGAAUUGGCUAAGCAGGUUAUAGAUUAUAUUUUGCUCGAAUUAAGCGUCCAAAAAGAGCUCAGCGGGCCCUUUGCUCUCAUGGAAAAGUUUUUAUCGAAAAGAAGUUCUAAUGCUAACCAAAGUGGUAAAUUUGGUUUCAAUUCUUCACAAGUUCAAUUUGUGAAAAGUUCAUUGAAAUCAUUUUCACCGAAUGGGAAAGUAGAUAAUAAUGCACCCAAAAAAGAAGAACGGCAACAUGAUCCUAAGACAUCACAUCCUAUACAAACUUCUUUAUCUAAGCUUUUCCAAAGUCUUGGUUUCAGCGAAGGGAACAGCGACCGUGAUACUCAAUCAUCAAGCACGCCCAUGAAAUCUAAUACUUCGAAAAAGAGCCCAUCGGGCUUAUUCUUAUUGAACGGUAAUAACAAUCUUUACCCAACUGCCUGUACACCAAGGUUUCGUAAAUAUACUGAACCCCUGAAGAUGCCAUUAAAGAGUACUUUCUUAGACUAUUCGCGUGAAUAUUUUCAAGAACCACAAAUGAAGAAACAAGAGGCAGAUGAACCUGGCAGUGUUGAAUACAAUGCUAGGUUGUGGAGACGUAAUAGGAACGAGACGAUUAUUCAAGAAACACAAGGAGAGAAAAAGUUAUCGAUAUAUGGAAGUUGGUCCAAGAAAUUGAUUAGCUUGAACAAUAAAAGUCAACCAAAAUUGAUGAAGUUUACACAAUUUGAAGACCAGCUUGUUACAGCCGAUGACAGGAGUACGAUUACUGUAUUUGACUGGGAGAAAGGAAAAACUUUGUCUAAAUUUUCCAACGGUACUCCUUUCGGUACGAAAGUCACUGAUCUGAAACUUAUCAACGAGGAUGAUUCCGCUCUUCUAUUGACAGGGUCAUCGGAUGGUGUUAUCAAAAUAUAUAGGAACUUCCAAGACGUUGAUGCUUUUGAAAUUGUAUCUGCUUGGAGAGGUUUAACCGAUAUGCUAUUAACUCCUAGAUCUACAGGUUUAUUGACCGAGUGGUUACAGAUUAGAGGUUCUCUAUUAACUACUGGCGAUGUAAAGGUCAUUCGCGUUUGGGAUGCGCAUACGGAGACCGUAGAAGUAGAUAUUCCGGCAAAAACAUCCUCUUUAAUUACAUCACUUACAGCUGAUCAGUUGGCUGGUAAUAUUUUUGUAGCAGGUUUUGCAGAUGGUUCCUUAAGAGUGUAUGAUCGUCGUCUAGAUCCAAGAGAUUCGAUGAUACGUCGCUGGAGGGCUGGAAAUGAGAAACAGGGUGUUUGGAUCAACAAUGUUCACUUACAAAGGGGUGGUUACAGAGAAUUGAUUAGUGGGGCUACCAACGGCGUUGUUGAGUUAUGGGAUAUAAGAUCCGAGGAUCCAGUGCAAUCGUUUGUUGAUCAAAAUGUUACACCUCAGUAUGGUUCUCAACUAAAACCAACUACAAUGACAUGUAUGCAAGUCCAUGAACAUGCACCUAUCAUUGCGACAGGUACUAAACAAAUCAAAAUAUGGACAACGUCUGGUGAUCUUCUAAAUUCUUUCAAAAACACGCAUAACAAUGGGGUCACUAGUACAUUAGCUGCUACUGGUAUUCCGACAUCUUUAUCAUACUCUUCAACUUCAGACGCAUUUUUAUCUUCAAUGGCUUUCCACCCUCAUAGAAUGAUGAUUGCUGCUACAAACUCUCACGAUUCCAUUGUGAAUAUUUACAAGUGCGAAGAUGAAAGAACCGAUUAUUUUUAA